GUUGUCAUGGCAACGUUUACAAUGGCGAUUUUACAGUCAAUCACAUUUUCAGCAUGUGUUCAUCGACAAGUAAAACCAUAUCAUGUAUUUGCUGUGUUUAGAAUUUUGAAAUUUUUAUGUGGCUUACAGAGGUUUUUGGCGAGAGUUUCUCUGCCAAGUUUGCAGCGAUUCGCGUAUGGAACAGAGUCAUUUAAGGAUGAAGAUUAUGAUGGGCCCUCAGCCGCACCAGAUGUGCCCCACCAAAUCUAUAAGGGAAUGCUCGCGAAACAAGUCAAAGCUGUAAAAACCUUUUCCUUUGGCACUAGUUUAAUAGGCAUUGGUAUGCAACCUAUUCUUUAUGAGCAUAUGUCUGCACCAGAAAGCAGUUUACCUCUAAUGGUUGCACUUUAUUCAGCUGUUGGAAUAUUCACUUUUGUUACUCCAUUUCUCAUUCACUUUGUUACGAAAAAAUAUGUCACUGACAUAACUUUUGAUCCAGCAACAGAGCAAUAUCAAGCAUCAGUUUACAAAUUUUUGCCAACAAAAAGAAAGAUCAACUUCAAACUGGAAGAUAUAUCAGUACCUGAUGUUCCUGGAGCGUUCACUACACUUUGUGUGAAAAAUAUCCCAUUAUUAUGCAGCCCAAGUGACUUCCUAUACCCAGAACAUUACAUCAAAUUCAUGGGUUAUGACAAACCUGUAGAUUAUCAGUUGAGUACUCCAAAGGAACAAAACAAUGGCAACACUAAAUCUUAAGAUCUAUGGAGGUGCUUCAUGUAAGUGUAAUAAUAAAUUUGUUGCAAGUAAAGAAACAGAACCAUAA